GAGAGGGGCCGCGGGCGGUGCGGGGGCUGCCGGUGUGCGGAAUCAGCGGGUGUGCGCGGGUCGGCCCUCACCGCCUUCCCCGUGGGACUAGGGAGAGCCACCGAGCGCCGCCCGGCCAGGUGAAAUGUUUUUCACAUGCUGAAUUCCAGCUUGGGUUGUCUGGCUGCUGCACGUUCAGAACUUCAUAAAAAAGCAAGAGGUCGAGAUGAAGAGCAGGGUGACACAAGUAAAUCAUGGUUCCAGCCAUGAAAGGAAGGAAAACUACAGUUCCCGACAAGGAAGUUUGUCUCCAGAGGACAGGGAUAUGGAGCAUGAUGGGUCUCCAUCUCCCAGAAAGAGAAGACACUCCGAUGACAGCAGAUAUGAUCAGGAGUAUUCAAGAAGGGAAUACUAUGAUGACAGAAAUUCAGAUGGAAGAAGAAUGGAAAGGGGGAGAGAUAGACACUAUGACAGAUGGGAGGAGAGAGAAUAUGAUCGGAGGAAGCAGAGGAGAUAUUCAUCACCCGAUCGCAGGAGUCCAGAGAGGUCAACAGUUCAGAGCUCGCUUGCUCAUGAUGAGGCCACUUCAAAGAAGAAAAAAGAAGAAGUGGAUCCAAUCCUUACUCGCACAGGUGGUGCAUAUAUUCCACCUGCCAAGCUCCGGAUGAUGCAAGAGCAAAUCACUGAUAAAAAUAGCUUGGCAUAUCAGAGGAUGAGUUGGGAAGCCUUGAAGAAGUCAAUCAACGGUCUUGUCAAUAAAGUGAACGUUUCUAAUAUAGAAAACAUCAUUCAUGAGCUGCUUCAGGAAAAUAUUGUUAGGGGAAGGGGAUUGCUGUCUAGAUCCAUUUUGCAAGCUCAGAGUGCCUCUCCGAUAUUUACUCAUGUUUACGCAGCUCUUGUGGCAAUUAUCAAUUCAAAGUUUCCAAAUAUUGGUGAAUUGAUUCUCAAGAGGUUGAUACUAAAUUUUCGCAAAGGAUAUCGCAGAAAUGACAAGCAACUCUGUCUAACAUCUUCAAAAUUUGUCGCACAUUUGAUGAAUCAGAAUGUGGCUCAUGAGGUUUUAUGUUUGGAAAUGCUCACCUUGCUUCUUGAGAGGCCUACUGAUGACAGUAUUGAAGUAGCAAUUGGAUUUAUUAAAGAGAGUGGGCUCAAAUUAACAGAAGUUUCUCCAAGAGGUAUCAAUGCAAUCUUUGACCGUCUUCGACACAUUCUGCAUGAAUCUAAAAUUGAUAUGCGUGUUCAGUAUAUGAUAGAAGUCAUGUUUGCUGUACGGAAGGAUGGCUUCAAGGAUCAUCCAAUUAUUCCAGAGGGAUUAGAUCUAGUCGAAGAGGAGGAUCAGUUUACUCAUAUGUUGCCAUUAGAAGAUGACUACAACCCAGAGGAUGUUCUUAAUGUUUUCAAGAUGGAUCCAAACUUUAUGGAAAAUGAGGAGAAAUACAAAACACUGAAGAAAGAAAUUCUUGAUGAAGGUGACAGUGAAUCUGAAGGAGAUCAAGAAGCUGGAAGUAGUGAGGAAGAUGAAGAAGAAGAUGAAGAGGAGGGUGAAGAUGGCCAGAAAGUUACUGUUCACGACAAAACAGAAAUUAACCUGGUCUCCUUCCGUCGUACAAUUUAUCUUGCUAUUCAGUCAAGCUUAGACUUUGAAGAAUGUGCUCACAAACUGCUGAAGAUGGACUUCCCUGAAAGUCAGACUAAAGAACUCUGCAAUAUGAUACUUGACUGCUGUGCUCAGCAAAGAACAUACGAGAAAUUCUUUGGGUUACUGGCUGGGCGUUUCUGCAUGUUAAAAAAAGAAUACAUGGAAUCCUUUGAAGCUAUUUUCAAAGAACAAUAUGAUACCAUUCAUCGUUUGGAAACGAACAAACUGAGAAAUGUUGCCAAGAUGUUUGCUCAUCUACUGUACACUGAUUCAAUUCCCUGGAGUGUCCUUGAAUGUAUAAUACUGAGUGAAGAAACUACCACAUCCUCCAGUAGAAUUUUUGUCAAAAUAUUCUUUCAGGAACUCAGUGAAUAUAUGGGACUUCCUAAUUUAAAUGCAAGAUUAAAAGAUGAGACACUGCAGCCGUUCUUUGAGGGAUUAUUGCCUCGGGAUAACCCAAGAAACACUCGCUUUGCCAUCAAUUUCUUCACUUCUAUUGGCCUUGGAGGACUAACGGAUGAAUUACGGGAGCAUCUUAAAAAUGCACCAAAGUUAAUUAUGACACAGAAGCAAAAUGUUGAGUCAUCGGAUUCCUCUUCAUCUUCAGAGACAGACUCUUCCUCAGAUUCUGAUUCUGACAGCAGCAGUACUAGCUCAGAGUCAUCCAGCAGCAGUGACUCUUCAUCUAGCAGUGACAGCAGCAGUGACUCAGAUGUUUCUAAAACUAGAAGAAGGAGAAUGCAGAAGAAAAAUAGAGAAUCCAAUAAAGUUUCCAGGAAAAAGCAAGAAAGGAAAAGGAAAUCCGUUGAAAAGAAAAUGGGAAGGAGGCAUCAAGAGGAAAGAAGUGAUACUGAGAGCAAAUCAGAAAGAAAUCACCGACAUUUAAGAGAAUCACACAGAGAUGAUGUGUCAAAAUAUCACAGAGAUGAGUCCAAUGGCAGAGAUGGUUACCAUGGUGGAAAAGAUAGGAACCAUGACAGAACUAAGGAUCUGGAAAAUAAACACAGUAAUUCAAAAGUUAAGAAAGCAGACAGAAGAGCUUCUUUGUCUGAUGAUGAAAAUUACAGACACUGGAGCAAAGAUAAUGGACAUCGCAGUAGAAAAAGAGAAAGAUCGAAAUCCAGAGAGAGAGACCGUGAUGAUUCGAGUCCAAGAGAGGAGGAACAAGAGGACCGGUACAGAAAUGGUUCGGAGAAACACCGGGAGAAGUACAGCCGCUACUCUGACCAGAACGAGGAGAGGGAAUCCAGAAGGAACGAGGACAGACAAAGGGAGAAUUCCCCACACAGGCGAAAAUGAAGACCAACCACAGUUUGACAUAAAUGUACGUUUCUGAGCUGUUAAGACUGUAUUUUAAAAUCUAUUACUGAACUUUCUUUAAAAAAAGAUUUUGUACAAAGUGAUGGUUUGCAUUUGUAAAUUUUACCAGACUUUUUCAAAUUUUCUGUACCACUUUUUUAUAAUUGUAUCAUUAAGUCUUUCUGUUAAGUUCUUCUUGGGAAAGACAAAGCUCUUUAUUUUGUGAAUAAAACCAUUAAGAUAUCAGCAAAA